UCCACCUAAUUUUGUUUCUCUGGCACCCUCUUGCUUAGUGGGACGUGGUCACACUUAACCCCUCUGCUUUCUCUAAUGCCCGGCAGACUCAUUUUAGCCAGGACAGCUGUGAUAUUUCAGUUCCUGUUUGUAAACACCUCCUAGAGCUGAAGAUUCCCCUGAAUAACACCAAUACCAAAAAAGGCUACAAUGUUGACCUCAGCCCAAAUUCUGCUGAUUUUAACCUUGUUUAGUUUACUACUGUUUGUAAGCCAUGGGGAAGAAAGUCUGGAAGUAAACACAACAGCAAACAUUGCAGAUGGCUUAAAAAAUAUGACAAAAGAAUAUGUUCCUUCAAAAAGAGAAGGAGAAUUCAACUUCAAUGAAGAAAAUAGAGAAACUUCCAAUCCCAAUGCAAGUAAUUCCUCUCUUUGGGAUGAAUCAAAUGAAAGUUAUGGAACAACAGAUGUUGUGGAUAAUUUGACCACAGCCUUUUCCAGGAGUCCAAGACCCACGCCCACAUCCUCCAAAAGCUCUCCCUCGGUCCCCAGCGUGGUGUCUGGAUUGCCUUGGAACUCAUCUGUAGGUGAAAGUUCUCUGUCCAGCUCAGCACUUCCCAAUGCUACAUCUGCUGAAUCUUCAGAAACGUUCACUUGGUCUUUGGACAAUGAUACCAUGAAAACUGACAACAGUUCCAUUACAGUUAGCAUCCUCCCUUCGGCACCAACCAUCACUGUGAACCCCAUGACAAUGGAACCAGGUGAAUGGCUUAACACUACCAGUGAGAGCUGGGCGGGGUUUACCCCCUAUCAAGAGAGGACUCUACAGCCCACCUUAAAAUUCACCAACAAUUCAAAAAUCUUUCCAAAUACAUCAGACCCCCAAGAAGAGAACAGAAAUACAGGAGUAGUAUUUGGGGCCAUUUUAGGUGCUAUCCUGGGUGCUUCCUUGCUUAGUCUUGUUGGCUACUUGUUAUGUGGAAAAAGGAAAAUGAAUUCAUUUUCCCAUCGGCGACUUUAUGAUGAUAGGAAUGAACCAGUUCUGCGAUUAGACAAUGCACCGGAACCUUAUGAUGUGAGUUUUGGGAAUGCUAGUUAUUACAGCUCAACUGUGAAUGACUCAUCCAUGCCAGCAGGACAAGAAAGUGCACGUGAUGGCAUUCCUAUGGAUGACAUACCUCCACUUCGUACCUCAGUAUAAAAAACGGGGGAAAAGGUUUGGCAAGUGUUUACCUACAUCCUGGCCUUUUCACCAACCCAUCUUCCAAAAGCUGAAGCAAGAUGACUGUCAUGUGGCUUGUGCCAAGAAGAACUGUAAAAGCCUGAACCUAGUAGCAGAAACAUAAAGACAGGAUAUAUCAUCCACAAAGUUUCCUUUCUUGACAUUUUUGGCUGUGCUGAAGUAUCUAUUGAGUAACCUCAAUUUGUAUUUUGGUCUGUUUUUUCCUCAGAAAGAAAUGUUUGUGGAAUCACAUGAGACUAAACAAUUUCACCUUGAUUGCCCUGCUUGAUAAUUUAAUUUAAAAUCCCUUCAAUGAAAAUAGACAACCAAAACUACAUUUUUACUUUUUUUUUUUUUUUUGACAAAAAUCAAUGGAUUGACUGUUACUGCUCCCCUGUAAUCCUAACACCAUGCAUCACGGUUGACAUUCUGGUUGAAGGAAUGCUGGAAGUAAAAAUAUUUGUUCUUUAAUUUUUUGACUUAAAGCUGGAAAGAAUAUAUGGGACAGAACUUCUGUUUCUGAGAAAUUUAGAGAAUGGGAGUGAAAGACCUGUCUUCUAGUACAUUUUAUUUUUCUGCAUUAGCACUUAUAUGGUCAGUCCCUUUAACUGCUAAGUUGACAAUAACUUUGCAUUCAACAGGGUUGUGAGGAAAGCUUACCCUAAUCAAGAAAGUAAUUGCCUUUCUUCAAAGGAUGGGGGAUUCCAAAAGUAAAUCUGUCUGAUUUACUUUAGGCAUUAAUUAAUUGGGUACUUUAAAAACUCAGUGAGAAAAGUAGUGAAAAAAGUCAGCCAAAGCAUGUACCUGUACAUAAUUUUUACAAUUUUAAGAUGUUAGAUAGGGACAGAAUUUAUAUGUGUAGUAGGCAUUAAUACAUGAUAGUCAAUCAUAUGGAAUAGAUUCUGCAUCUCUAAAUAUAUAAAAAAUAAGGUUAAAAUAGAUUAAUGGAAAUGUUAAGCAAACAAAAUUAUCUGAGCAUCAGUUUCAAGAGAGAAAAUAACAAGAAGCUUAACUUGGAAUUUAGCAUGUUUCAGUUUGUUAUUAAUUACCAUCUGCUUUUGGCAGGAAAAAAUAUUCAUUAGUACAGGAAGGUCUGAGCUGUAGGGAUUAGAGAAUUAGAUCAAGAGAUAAAUUCCCAAAGAAGCAGUGAAUGUGUGAAGAGGGCAAACAAAGCAAGAGACUUUGUUGAAUUGAUACAUGUUGUGUGUGCGCACGUGUGUGUGUGUGUGUGUGUGUGUGUGUCUGUGUAUAAAGAAAUACAGUAAUAGCCUC